AUGCCACAGUUGGAUACAUCAACAUGAUUUAUUAAUAUCGUCUCAAUAAUCCUAACUCUAUUUAUUGUAUUUCAACUAAAAAUCUCAAAGCACUCCUAUCCGACACACCCAGAAGUAAAGACAACCAAAAUAACAAAACACUCUGCCCCUUGAGAAUCAAAAUGAACGAAAAUCUAUUCGCCUCUUUCGCUACCCCAACAAUAG